AUGAAACAAAUAUGUAUAACUAUAUUUAAAGUAAAUAAAAUUACAGAACGAUCAAGAAUGGCUGGAAGCGCACAACAAGCAACACAUCUAUGGUGGCAUGUACUGAUUAAAACAUUAGUAAGUAUGCCAUUGAAAACGGCUGAUGACGCAAAAGCUCAAUUGGUUGAUGAAUGUAAAUUAUAUUAUAAAAAUAAUGAAGAUAAACAAAAGAAAAUUAAAGAAUUUUAA